AUGGCAAACUCUGUUGUCCUUUUUGUACUUGACAAAAUCACAAAUUUAUUAGCAGAAGAAACAAUACUGCUUCAGGGAGUCAAGGACGAUAUCCAGUAUAUCAAAGAUGAAUUGGAGAGAAUGAUAGCCUUUCUUGGUGUGGCAGAUGCUUUAGAGGAAGGAGAUGCAGAGGUCAAAGUCUGGGUUGGGCAAGUGAGAGAUGUCGCCCAUGACAUUGAGGAUGUUCUUGACGAGUCCAUUGUCUUGUCAUAUGAUCAUCACUUCCAUGGAUCUUGUUGUUUCAUUGCUAAAUUGGUUUUCUCAAUCAGAAACAUCAAAUCCCGCCAUAAACUUGUCUUUGAAAUCCAAGCCAUCAGAUCAAAAGUCUGCAAUAUUGCAGAGGGCCAUCAAAGGUACCGUUACAAAUUUUAUGUCCCGGAGCAAGGUUCAAGUUAUAACCAUGCCUACGAUACUGCAAAUGAUCGCAGAGGCGAUGCGUUGUUGCUGGAAGAAGCUGAGCUCAUGGGCAUUGAAAAUCCCAGACAGCAACUAAUUGGUUGGCUCGUGGAGGAUGAUCCUAGACUUAAAGUGGUUUCGGUGGUAGGAAUGGGAGGUUCAGGAAAGACCACCCUGGUUAAGAAAGUGUGUGAGGAUGCAGCAGUCAAUAAAAACUUCGAUAGCCUUGCUUGGAUAACAGUUUCCCAGUCCUUCAAGGUUGAGGAAGUUUUAAAAGACAUGAUUCAAUAG